GAAAUUGAUCCCUCCUUCUCAGAAACGUCAAAAGCGAUAAAAAUUCAUUAAUUUCAACAUAUUCGCGGAGAUAAAUUUUUUUUCAUUCUCCUAACUUAUUUUCGCGCGCCUCUCUCGCAAUCGAUACCUCUCCGCUUGCAUCACGACGGAGGUCAUCCGGUAGGUCAAAUCUCAUUCCUCGCCAAACCAUUCGUGGGAAUCGUCGCGUGUGACAGAUCAGUGUUUUAAUCUCAGCAAGGCGCUUUUCCUCAGCAAGUUGCAUCAAAAUGCCCAUUCAAAGCAUCAAAGCUCGUCAGAUUUACGACUCUCGUGGAAAUCCUACAGUAGAGGUUGAUCUCGUCACUGAAAUUGGUUCCUUCCGUGCAGCAGUGCCAUCCGGUGCAUCCACUGGAGUUCACGAAGCCCUAGAACUAAGAGAUAAUGAUAAAUCUAAAUAUCAUGGAAAAUCUGUUUUUAAAGCCAUAGAGAAUAUUAAUUCCAUCAUUGUUCCUGAAUUGUUAAAGGCCAACUUGGAAGUUACGCAACAAACAGAUAUUGAUAACUUCCUGCUGAAGCUGGAUGGCACACCAAAUAAAUCCAAACUUGGAGCAAAUGCAAUUUUAGGUGUCUCUUUAGCAAUUUGCAAGGCUGGUGCUGCUAAAAAGGGUUUGCCCUUGUAUAAAUAUAUCGCCGAAUUGGCUGGCAACAACGAUAUCAUUUUGCCAGUGCCAGCAUUUAAUGUAAUCAAUGGUGGCUCUCAUGCUGGUAACAAGCUAGCCAUGCAGGAGUUCAUGAUUUUACCUACCGGUGCAGCCAACUUCACCGAAGCCAUGAAAAUGGGCAGCGAGGUGUACCAUCACUUAAAGGCAGGCAUCAAGAAGAAGUUCGGCCUCGACGCCACUGCUGUUGGUGACGAGGGUGGAUUCGCACCCAACAUUUUGGAAAAUAAGGAAGCUCUCAACUUAAUUAUAGAUGCUAUUAAGAUUGCCGGUUACGAAGGAAAGAUCAAAAUUGGCAUGGACGUUGCCGCUUCUGAAUUCCACAAGAAUGGAAAGUACGAUUUAGACUUCAAGAAUGAAAAGUCCGAUCCAAGCACAUACCUGGAACCGGAAGCAUUGAAAAACUUGUACUUGGAAUUUAUCAAAGAUUUUCCGAUUGUCUCGAUUGAAGAUCCCUUCGAUCAGGAUGGCUGGGAUUCCUGGACGGCUUUGACCGCGGCCACUCCUAUUCAAAUUGUCGGAGACGACCUUACCGUCACAAAUCCUGAAAGAAUCCAGACGGCCAUCGAGAAGAAAGCAUGCAACUGCUUGCUGUUGAAAGUCAAUCAAAUCGGUAGCGUAACCGAAUCCAUCAAUGCGCACAAGCUCGCUAAGAGUAACGGCUGGGGUACAAUGGUUUCCCAUCGUUCCGGAGAGACGGAGGAUACGUUUAUCGCCGACCUGGUCGUUGGUCUCUCGACCGGCCAGAUUAAAACCGGCGCGCCCUGUCGCUCGGAACGUCUGGCCAAGUAUAACCAGAUUCUGCGUAUCGAGGAGGAACUGGGCGCCGCUGCGAAAUACGCCGGCGAGAAAUUCCGCAACCCUCAUGCUUAAGUAAAAUCGUAACAUACCUGUCAGAGUUGGUUAUCACUAAGCUUUUAGCUACCUCUAAUUAUUCUGAGAAAGAAUCGUUUACUUUCGUGAUCGCACUGGUGCGAUCAGUAAUGUAGUCUGAAGACUUAUAUUAUUUUUGUAACCUCCUGAUAUGUAAUCGAUGCACAUUGUAUAAAACAAUAGGGAGCAUGCUAAAUUAUCCCAAUCAAUUGAAAGGAAAUUACAAAUUAAAAGAAGUAAAGUUUAAAAUAUAGAAAUUUA